CAGUUACCAGUCUACUCACUCACAGGCAUGGCUGCUCAUCUCAUCAUUCUUCUUCUCUUCAGUGUGCUCAAAGGAGUUCACAGCAUAACUACAGUCAGUAAAGUAUCAGUUGAAGCUGGAAAAUCUAUCUCCAUCCCAUGUCUCUAUGAAUCCCAAUACAUAAAUCAUGUGAAGUACUUGUGUGAAGGAUAUUAUUGGAACUUUUGCAGAUAUGCAGUGAAAACAAACAAAGCAGACCCUUCAGGAAAAUAUUCAAUCUCUGAUGACAAAAACCAGAAAGUUUUUACAGUGACUAUAAACCAGCUGGCACAUAAAAACACUGAUUACUGGUGCGCUGUGGAGAUUAAUGGAGAGGUGGAUGAUAAACAGUAUUUUCAACUGUCAGUUACCACUGGUACCCCCAGUCUCUAUGUGGAUCAUCAGAGGAUUACAGGAUAUAUUGGAAAAAGCAUAACUAUUAGAUGUCACCACAGUAACUCUGGAGAAAUGAAGUGGUGCAGGCUGGGCAGGAACUGUGUGACAGGAUCAUCUGGAUCUAUAGAUGGAACAACACUGACCGCUCACAUGAGGGACCCAAAUGUUUUCACGGUGACCAUGAGUGGACUAAAGUCAGAGGACAGUGGCUGGUAUUGGUGUGCUAAAGGGGACAUUCAGAUACCAGUAUAUUUAACUGUUACUGAGAAACCUAAUACUAUCAUGAUCUCUACUGCUAGUACUGUCAGUAGAACUACUCAUACUGUUGCUGGAAGUGAAACAAUUAUAAAAAUGGAACAAUGGAACAAUUCUACAGUAGUAGAAAAUAAAGAAAACAGAGUUUCAUUUGACCCAAUGAUCCUCAUCAUCCCUCUGAGUGUGUUGAUCUGGAUUGUAAUUGUGGUGUUGUUGAUCUGGUUUAUACUGAGACGCAAGCAGAGUAAAGCAGACUCAUCAGUCACGCCAACGGCUGAAGAGGAAAUAAUAUACUCUGAUGUUAGACCCAAGAAAAGAAGUUUAGCCAAGGUGGACAAGGAAGUAACAUACUCUGAAGUUAGGCCUAAGGAAAAAAGUUCAGCCAAGAGGUCAUUUGCUGAAAGUGAAAUGGAAAUCUUGUACAGUUCUGUUGUUACGAAACAACGCAUGGAAAGGCAUACUCGAAGACCGGUACAUCACUGAAGCCACAGCACCAACCCAUCUGUCGAUCUCCCACUCCCUUCUCUCAUCACUCAUGAACAAGACCCCAAGAUAUUUCAACUCCUCCACAUGGGGCAUGAACUUGUCCCUGACCCAGAGUGGGGAAUCCACCCUUUUCCAAAUCUGAGGACCAAGGCCGCAGAUUUGGAUGUGCUGAUUUUCAUUCCCACGGCUUCACACUCAGCUGUCAAAUGUUCCAGUGUGAGCUGGAGGCCAUCACCCGAUGAAGCCAACAGAACCACAUAAUCCAUGAAAAGCAGAGAUGAGAUUCUGAGAUGACCCAAGUGAAAGCCUUUCACUACUUGACUGUGCCUAGAAAUCCUGUCCGUAAAAAUUACAAACAGAAUCGGCGACAAAGGGCAGCCCUGGCAGAGCCCAUCACCCACUGGGAACGAGUCCGACUUAUUGCCGGCUAUGCGGACCAAGCUCUAGCAAUGGUUGUAUAAGGAUUAAAUGGCCCUUAGCAAUGAGCCAAACACCCCAUACUCAUUUUAAUGAGUAAAUCAUUUUAUUUGAUUUUGUGACUCAGAAUUUACUGUUAGACAAGGAACUUUUUACAUGUUGUUAGGGAACUAAUUCAGUGCAGUCCUGAAAGUCCACAAAAAUAUUAUCAACAGUUUACUAAUAUAAGAAUCAUUUAAUUGAAAUGUUAAUGGGCACACACAAGGGGGCAGGCUUUAGCAACAGAAGUAACUGUUUUACUGUUUUACACUGUUUUAUUUCAGCCAAAACCAUAGCAAAGCCUACCGCAAUAUGUUCAAAAUGCAAAUAAACAUAAACAACACACUGAGAUACUGACUUUUUUAACAUGCAACACAAAAUUGAUCCAUUCUAACCAUUAAACACUGUCCUCACUGCCGUAGCAUUUAAUCCUCAGAUCUCGUGUCUUUAUCAAAGCACUGUCUGACUACUGUAUGACCUCUGUUCCUUAUGUGCAUCAUAUAUAAUUAAUCUUAGCUUUUUUACCAUUUCGCUGGGAUUCCCCCAUGAUCCUUCAUAGACCAGGAGUUACCUGUCUUUACAGGAAACUAGGCACAAGUGAUGAAAAGACCAACAGUUCUCAUGAUAGUAUGAAAGAAUAUCUGCCAGGGUAAGGAAGUCAUCAACUGAGUGACCAAGUCAGAUGCUUCUUGAUGAGCCCUAGGGCUGCUGCUGCUCCAUCUCCGAUCGGGAUCAGUCUGGCUUUCACGGCUUGACCCCGGGGUUGCUUUUUCUCUUUUUUGUCUGGGCUUUUUGGGUUUGUUUAACUGUAUUUUACAAGACUAUUUUUCAACAAUUUGAAGCUGCUUUGUAAAUAUUAACAAAAGCACCAAGUGAUAUCAUUAAUACUUAUUUUAAAAUUUAAAAUAAAAGUCUAGUAACAUAUUUCUAAUUAUUUUUGUUUUCCAACAAGACACACCAAUUUCUAUCAUCCGGAUCAUUCUGAGAUGAAUCUUAGUUUUUGUUUUGUUUUCUUCUGCUUCUUCUUAAUGACAAACCAAAAAGCAAAAAACAAAACAUAACUCAGAAUAAUUACAUUACAUUAGACAACUAUCGUCAUUUUAUAGUUUUAUUAUAAACUUUUUUUAAUAUAAAUUUUUUUAAAUAUAAACUUCAAUGUCACCUUUUCAUAUGUUAUAAAUAUGAAAACAAACCAUUAUAUUUAAAUUGUUUUAAUUUCUGUAUCUACUCGGUGAAAUAGUGACAGCAAAAAUAUAUAAAUCCAUUAGCUGUUAUUUUGCAUAUUAUUGGAUGCGUUGUGGAGUUUGUCAGUGGUAUUAGGUUCAUCUGUCAUGAUUAAUUGUUAUUUGAAUAUUGUAGAUAAUUCUAGUUUUCUAUUUCAGAGUGUGUUGUAUUAUACUAAGAUUAGUAUAAAUGACUACAAAAGUUUUUGUAGUCAUUUGACAGGAUUGACAGGAUUUUUCUUUUUUAUAUUAUAUAUAUGAUGUGAUUGGGGUUUUUUAAACUAUUUUUUUACUUUUUAUUAUUGUAUUCAAAGUUUUUAUAUUUGAGCUGCUGGAUUAAAAACUGUAAUUUGGAUACAUACUUUAAUUAUGUUCAAGUUUGACCUCAGUUUGUACUUGUUGACUGGGGCUUUUGUUACAACUUGCUUUGUGGUCCCUACUGUUGUUGUUUUUUGGUAGCAUCGUA